GGGCGUGGGGCCGGCAGCGCCGGGGGCUCCGUGUGCGGGGCGGCUUCGUCCGGUCCCCGCCGAGCGCCAUGUGGCGGCCGCUGUCCCUCCUGGCUGUCGCGGCGCUGCUGGCGCUCCGCGGGAGCGCGGCUUCCCAGGAGGAGCAGCCGCCCGCAGUGCCUUCACCAACAGGGAUUUUAGUAACAUCUGAAAAUUUCAAAACAGUUUUGCAUUGGCAGUACCCACUUAUGUCCAAAACUCCUCAUUUUAUUGUGGAAAUCAUGCCUUACAAUUUAGGUCACUAUAAGAAUGUCUCAACCUGUGUGAACACUUCAGCUCAUUUUUGUGAUCUCUCAGAGGAAAUAUGUGACCCUUAUUCAUCUCAUUGGCUUCGAGUUAAAGCUGUUGUUGGGUCACAAGAGUCUGAAUAUGUUGAGGCAAAUGAGUUUAUUUUGCAAAGGCAUGGAAAAAUAGGACCGCCAAAACUGAAUAUCUCAAGACAUGGUGAUAAAAUCAUGGUUGAUAUUUACCAUCCUGUAUUCCCUCUUUCUUGUAUUGAAGACAUCUAUUCAAAUUUUGCGUACUUGGUGACUGUUCAAGGUAGUGAAAAUAAGACUGAAGAGGUCUAUGAGGACAACUGCACAAUGCAUAAGUGUAGCCUCAAAAUCCCAGUUCUUACUGAAAGUUCCACUUACUGUGUUUCAGCAAAAGGAAUUUUUGAUUCUCUGAUGGUUGGCACUCCAUCAGAGGAAAGCUGCACUCCUGCUCCUCUCAGGCAGACAUCGAGUACACAUGGCAUCAUCAUUAUGUGUGUUGUUAUUGGGAUUUUGACAGUAGUACUGACAGUAUACUGUGGCUGCAAAAAACUAAGGAAAAACAACAUACAGCUGCCUAAGUCUUUGGUCAGUGUGAUGAGAAACCUGAACACAGGUGCCUUGAUGGGACCAAGAUCAGAGGGGAAGUAUAUAUCUGUAACAUCAGGCCUCUCAGAUUUGCCAGUGAUUGGUGAAGUCACCUUGCUGGAGAUAGAGCCAAAAGAACAAACUGUUAGUCCUGUGAAUUCCUGCGAUGGAGAAUCUUCUGUCCCUUCCCCAGAGGCACCAGCCAAAGCAGAGGAGGUGCCUAUUCAGGAAAGCACAGAGGAGGUCUCUGUUGAUACUGAUGAACAAAAUUGCGAAGUAAAAGAGAGUUACUUCAUUUCUAACAGUAGCCAAGUGGAUGUAUGCAGUAAGUCUUCAGAUUCGGAGAUUUCUACCACAGAAACACAGCCAACAGUCACUCCAAGCAGCUGCUUCAAGUUUUCUGGCUAUGACAAGCCUCACGUUCCGUUAGAUGUGUUGAUGAUAGAUGUUGGUGAAGAACAGCCUGUGAACGCUUACAGGCCAACUGAGUAGCCAAGGUAACUGCAGUGCUUCGCCACAGCUGAGAAAGAACAUCAUUACUGAAGGUUAUGGAAAGACUAGGUUAACAAGUACUAAGUUGUACUUGUUCUGAUCAGUAAACAAUUGAAGAUAGUACUUGAAAAUGGCAUAAAAAGAGUGGGGAAAAUCCGUAAUAACCACUUUUAAAAAUGCUUUUAUAUAUUAUAUAACUCAUUUUUUCCUAUUUGAAAUAGUGUUGCGUUUUUUAACAAUACUUUAUAGAAGACAUACCAUUGACUAUAAAACAGCAGGUGUACCAUUAUUCACUUCUGCUUCAAGUCUUGUUCAAAAUAAGUUCAAUGAACAUAAUGCUUAAGAAAUCCUUCACUUGAUUAUAAGAGACAUGUGCAAGAAAUGUUUGAGAGUUUUUACCAUUUUUGAAGGUAUCCUCUUGCUUAUCUUUUUCUUCUGAAGAGUAUUUUUAUAUUAAAUUAAAUGCUCUUAUUUCUUUUAAAUAAGAUUAUGCCUAUAAGUUGUUCCUGUGUAUUUUAAGAAUUUUAUUCCAUGGCAAAGAUGUAAGAAGUAAUGGCCAUAAACUAAGAACAAAAGAAGUUCACCUCAACAUUCAAAGAGGAAGCUUCUUUGCAUUGAGGGUAGGUAGCAGAACACUGGAAGGGACUGCCCAAGGAGAUCCUGGAGUUUCCCUCUUGAAGGCAUUCAAAACCCACCUGAACUGUGUCACCUGCUGUAGGUGACCCUGCCUUGCCAGCAAGUUGGACUGGAUGAUUUCCAGAGGUUCCUUCUAACCCUAACAAUUCUGUGAAAGUACCAGUUAUUUGUAGUCUUUGCUGUUAACUUCAGCACAGCAGCACCCAUGAACACCUAGUGGUUUGAGUAGCCAUGUCACAUUCUGGCAGAAUAUAUUAGCAAGCUGACUGAUCAUAAAUGAAAAAAAAAAAAAAAAGUCUAAUGGGUGGUUGCACAAAUUCUUUAGAAAAUGUCCUCAAAAUUCAAAAGCCUGGUUUCUUCUGGGACGCUUUUGUCCUAAUUUUUAGAACCAUAUGUUCUCUCACCAGAAAUUAAUAGAUUUUCUUCCAAGCAUGUUUUCUAGCAGGAUGAAAAUCACUGCUAUUUUCCCCAUUUAAAUAACAUAACUUGGGAUCUACGUAAAAUCACCCUCUAAAAAUAUGUCUCAAGACAAUCGAAAAUAGUGUGAUGAAGUUUUAUUGUCAAAAGUUUUAUUGUCAUCUGACAGCCUUCUGAAUUUUGUAUUGUAGAGUUGUAGUUUUGAAAACUGAGGAAUAAGAAUUUUAUAUUUUUAUAUUUUUUCAUAUUGAAAUCCAUGCAAUCCAUUUAUUUCCCUUUAAUCAAGAUUUGAUAGGUAUUUUCUGUUUGUUGGAAAUGUUUAUAGCAAUUAUUAAUGAAGUUUAGUUCAGGAAAAAAGAACACUUUACGGGUACAAGUUGGUUCAUUUGCCCAAAAUUGUGGGUUUGUUUUAAAAUACAUUUCUAUAGGAUUAUCAGAAUUGUUAGCCUGUUAACAGCAGGUGGUUUUAAAAGGAAAACCAGUGUCAUAGUGCUUCUUUUAUAUUUCUCAGUGACAUGAGUAUUCUUACAGUGAAGUUAGUUUAUACAGCAGUUUUGGGAGUGUGUCCAUUCUUCUAUAUAUCAGAUAUUGACCACAAUGGUACAAAAGAUUUAAAGACAGUAUUUUUCCCAUCACUACUCACAGGAAGGUAACAGAUUGCUUACCAGGGUUUUGAUAACUUUAGGAAAAGCCAAAUCAAGCAGGUGAAUUUUGUAGUUACAAUGUCAUGGAAAGCCCAGUUAGUAAUUGUUAGCUGGCUGUGAUUUGUUUCUGCAUUUUAUUCAAACAUAAUGAGACCCCCUAGCAGCUUUUUCAAUGUCAUAUUCUGGGUUGAGUUCCUAGAAGGCAAUGCUUAGUGACUUACUGCUUAGGAUGCACUAGGGUGUAGGUCUUCCCAUGGCAGAGGUGCAGAAAAUAACACUCUUGGUGUUACAAGAAGGCUUUUUGAAAAUCGGCAUUAAUUGCACUUGAAACUUCAACUAAACUGACUUUCCAGGUAGUGAUGUGGUUCAUCACUGAAGCUCCUAGCAGGCUGUUUACAAAGUAGAUGAGCAGCUGUGUCUUGUGAAGAAAUUGGAGUUGAUGUAAUUUCUUUCUGAUUUUGGAGGUUUGUUGAUGAAUAUGAAUUGCAAUAAAUACCUCAGGAAUUUAUAAAUGCCAGAGAAGUGUUUAAUUUUUAACUUGGCUCUGGAGGGAUAAAGAGAACAUUAAAAACUGUAAAGUUAGUCUUGUUUUUUGGGAAGAAGUUUCUGACCAGACAAUUUGCUGACUUUGCAACUACAGAGUAUUUAACCUUGCACUUGAUUGCUUGUUUUCCUUCUGCUAGUUUUGUCAAUAAAAGAAAUAAAAUGUUGAUGUUGCCCAGGAGUGUCAGGAAUUAGCUCUGGCAGUUGUUGGAUUUGAUGUAUCUGCCACAAAACCAAUAUUCGUCAGAAGCAUGUAAUUUUUUAAAAAUUCUUAGCAGUGUAUCAGGAAACUGGUGCUGUUAGAACUAAGACUUAGCAUCUUAGAUUUGUGUGAGCUAAGUGUUUCCAUUGUUCUGGAAGAUCUUCCUUUGCUGACACAGUGGAAGAGGAAUGCAGAUAGACACAUUUUAAAAACAAGCUGACUAUCUCAGCUUCUUUUCUUUUACCCCUGCAAUACAACUACAUUGUACAUUCUUCUGAAUAUUUCAAAUCCCAUGAAGUCAAAUGUGAGUAAAAGGACCCAGCCAGGAGCUAGGGUAUCAUUAAGAACAGUGAUGUUAAAUAAGAAAUUACACAAAAAUACAUCAUAAUAUAUGGGAAAUAUUUGUCAUGGCAGAUAGUCACAUUUACUGGAAAGGUGGUGUUAUUUUAGAAGCUGAAAAUCAAGAACAGCAGUAUGACUGCUUUUUACUAUGUCACAUAUAUGUACAACAGACCUGCUCUUGAAAUAAAACAAGGUUAAAUGUACUUUUUAAUCAAAAUUCCUGAACUGUAAAUACAGAAGCCAAUGAACUUGCACCAUCCCUGCAGACUGUGUUGUGUGUGCUGCAUACUUACCUAGUGGCACAGGGAUAGUUUAGAUGUCUAAAUUGCUCAGGCCAGCUUACAGCUUUUGUAGUUCUGAAAUAAGGAAGUUUAAGGGUGCACAAAGCACAGGAUUCUUUUACUAGCUGUGUCUAGCUGAAAAUGCAAGGCCAGAGUGAGACAAGAUGUGUUUCUGGGUCAGUAAGCUCUGUUACCACCAGUCCUGUUUUUAGCAGUUGCCAGCACUGGUGUUGAAAGCCUAAGAGUAGGGCAAGUCAUGGUGGUAAUCUCCAUUUGGAUACAGUCCAGCAAUUUUCAGUGUGAGGAUUUCUUGGGAUGGGAAUGGAAAUGCCUUCCCAGCUAGUUAGCCUUGCUUUUGCAGUUCUGCAAUACCAAAUAUCUGAGCAAUGUGGUUGGCAACCUGUCAGGUACCUGAGUUUAAUUGAUUAAUAUUCUUGUGAUGAAGCAGUUUGCUUGAGCUUCUGAAUAUUCAUACAUAGCACCUUGAUCCAGAAUAUGGAAGUGUCUAACAUUUAUACAUUGAAAAUAAUUUAAAAUUCAUGCCUUUUAUCAGCUAUCCAGUAUGACACCUUUAUAAGGUUUUGCCACUUCAAACCUUUUGAGCUGAUUUUUACUCUUGUCCUGGCUGCUUAGCAGUCCUCCCUUCCUUUCACUUCAAAAUGAUUUGGGUGUCAAGAUAAGACUCCAAAACCUUAUAUCCUGUGAAAGAGAACUUUAUUUUGCCCUCUUACGUGCCAGCAUUUCUAAGAACUUCUUUGGUUCUUGUUCUUGAGUGGACAUUGUAAUUUUUAUUAUUAGAUCUGCGGUUAACAAUGAAGUAUUGUGGCAGUACUGUGUUCUGGCUCAAAAACAGAAAAUUGCUUUUGUGUGGUUUUCCACAGAAGUCAGUAAUAUAGUUUAAAAAAAAAUUGCCAAAUCUUCUGAUAUCUGUAGAAGCAAGACAGUUGCCUGGAACAUAAUCACUUUUUUUUUUUUUUUAUCCUUCAUAGAAGAUUACAGAAACAGAAACUUGCAUGAGAAAACCCGUUUUUCUCAGGGUUAGGAAUAACCAGUUGCUCUGAAGUCAUUCCAUGGAAACAGCUGAGUAUUAAUAAGUAAGAGAUGUUGUACUUGGCUCAAAUUAAUAGUUUCAGCAUGUCUUAAAAAUACCAAAAACCCAAAAAGCAAAAACACACAACCAAAAUGACAAACCAAACACAAAGCACCUUUUAUCUCAGGGAAAGGUGACCUGUGUAGAUUCCUUUAGUGUGUUUUUUUUUAUAGUUAAGUCCUUUAACUAUGAAGUUCUUGUUUAUUAAUAGUCUUUCUCUAAAUGGAUGCCAUCAUUGGGCUGAAAUCUGUAAUGAAAUUCCUGUAAAUACUGUACAGUUUAAAUGUUUUUAUAUGUAAAUUAAAAAAAAAAAAUCUAAGAAGAAAA